CGGGCGGCACGUCCCCAGGCUAAGAUCCGAGACAAGACAUAGCGCGCUCGACUUGUAUCGAUCGACUGUACCUAUGGAAUUGAGGUGCGCAAACAAAGUAGGUAGCUACCUACGGGAAGAGGUGGGGGUUUCGGAGGUUUUCUCGAAUCGAAAAUGAUGUAACAGAGCACAGAAGAAGGACUUCUCCUUCUUGGUCGGGCUUAUUUUUUCUCUCAUUCUCGGUUUUGGGUUAGGUUCGGUUUGGCUUGGAUCUGGUAGGGUAUGGCGUCGGUGGCAGCAGGUCGUGGGGAAGCUGGGAACUUGGCUGGCUAGCUGGAUGUUAAAUGUAGGUAUGUAAAAGAAGAUGGAGGGUCGCCCAUAUUUUCGUUUUCGUUUUUCUUGUCUUGCUUUUGCUCUUGCAUACCGGUGCUGUCGCCCUGCUAGCCUCCGAAUUGAAAUUUGGCUUCCCAAGCUUCAAGGUUGAGCUUGACUUGACAUACCCAUGACCUGGCUUCGUGUAUUGCUUAGCCUGGUGUCGGAUCGUAUCGUAUCGUAUCGACGAUCGUAUGAAUAAUCUGAUCUUAUCAAAUCAUAUCGCUAAGAUUGAGUUGGAUUAAUUGAUUUAAUAUUGGUUUAUUAUCCGGGAGUCGCACGUCGCUAUGAAGGCGUCAGCUGUUUUAGGCUUAUGUCUCGCUUUAGCGGUUCGAGCAAACCCCCAAUUCCCAUUCUAUGAGGCCGGCGACGAUGGUGAAGGCAUCAUAUGGGGAGGCUGGGGUAGCGGCAGCGGAAGCGGAAGUAAUGGGGGCGACUCUUCAGGAGGAUACGGCUCGUCGGCCGGGUCGGAUAGUAGCGGUUUCGACGUCUACCCAGACUUCGACGUCGAGAAGGCGAUGAACUACGGGACGGCCCACGGGGUGAUCGCAGCUCUAUGCUUCGCCAUCUUAUUCCCGGCCGGCGCGAUCCUUAUGCGCAUCAUUCCAGGCCGCCAUGCUUGGUGGAUUCACGGCGUAUUCCAGGUCAUCGCCUACCUGCUCUACAUCGCCGCCGCGGCGCUCGGCAUCAGGCUUAUCCAAAUCAUAAAAAUCCCUCCUAACGGGACUAGUCUGGUGAGUGUCCCUUUUAUACCUACGCUUCCUCAUCUUCCCUUCGCGCUCGGGUCCCGUUUGCUCUGUUACCAGUGCCACCCAAUCCAACACCCCUUACAUCUCAAACCCAACCUAGCUUGCCCCCAAAGUCCCAUAACUUUACUAACAACCCUGCGAAAACAGCUAGAAAUGUCCUCCACAAACGCACACCCCAUAAUCGGCAUCGUCAUCCUCGCCGUCCUCUUCCUGCAGCCGCCCCUCGGCAUUAUCCACCACGCCAAAUUCAAGCGCCUCGGCCGCCGCACCGCGUCCUCGCACCUGCACCUGUGGCUCGGCCGGCUCACGCUCACGCUGGGCAUCAUAAACGGCGGCCUAGGGCUCAGGCUCGCGCGCGCUUCUCAGGGCGUAAUUAUCGCGUACGCUGUUGUCGCGGGGCUUGUGUGGCUGCUUUGGGUACUGGUUGCUGUGCUGGCUGAGUACCGAAGGCGGAGCGCUAGUCGUGGGCAGAAUCGCGGGCGUGGGCGCGGACGCGGGGCUAGUGGUAGUGGGGGGAGUGGUGGUGGUGGUGGGAGUGGUAGUAGGAGGAGGGGAGGAGGGGUCGAGACCCGCGCUUACGUCGCGGAUCUUCCGCCGCCGCCGGGGCUGGCGCAGACGGCUCCUUCGGCUAGGGAGACGAGACGCAGGAAUCGCGAUGGCGAGGGCGGUGGGUAUGGGUAUGGUAGUGGUGGUUACGAUUCUACUCACGGUUAUAACCAGUAUAACCAAAGUCAGCGCCGCGGCGGGAGCUCCGACGAUCCGAGCCCGCCGUACACGCCCGGCCCGUUCCACGGCGGGCCGCCCGGGUACACGGGCGGCGCGGAGGGCGUGGAGAUGCGGCCGGUGAAGAAUUCUACGAGGGGGAGCGGGUCGAUGUCCUCGUUCUCGUCGGGCGCGGUGCCGAGGGAUGGGGAACAUAGGGUCUGAGGGUGAUUGGGAUUUCGGGUGGGUAUGCGAGUGGGGGGUAACGGGAAAAGGGGCUGGUGGGUCCGAAAAAAGGGGGUGGGGGGCUAGGGGUUAUGGAAGUUAUAUGGAACGGUUUCGGCGAUUUGGCGAUUUGGCGCCUCGGGGACAAUCAAUUGGAUGGACUGGAGUUGGUUUCUUGUUUACAUGCUCUGCGGUCAAUGAGAUUGUGUGCAAAGUGCUUUGUAUUAAGGAUGGAUAUAUAUGGCUGCCUCGUAGGCAUUUUACUAAUAGAGAUGAUUCGAAGCUGAGAAGGGUUCCCCUUAUGUACUGACUUCAACAACUAUGUUUUUCCUUUUUCCCA